AUGGCUGAUUUGCAAAGGGUAACACGGGCGCAAGUGGCAGAACACAACACUAAUAGUAGUGUAUGGAUGUGCAUCGAGAACCAAGUUUAUGACCUGACCACAUUUCUGGAUCAGCACCCGGGUGGUAGUGAAGUUUUGCUGAAAUUGGCUGGUCAUGAUGCUACUGAACAGUAUGAAGAUAUCGGACAUUCAACAGAUGCCCGACUUAUGAAGGAUAAAUAUUUGGUUGCCGAAAUAGUAGAUGAGGAAAAGCUGACUUAUUCAAAUGAUGGAGAGGAAUUAUUCGAGAAAGAAACCAUUGAAGCUGAAAACAAAAGGUAG